AUGACUGCAAAAAUAACAACAAUAAUCACUCUUAAGCAAAAGAAACAAUGGGAAACAUAUGUGAGUCUGAUUAUCAUAAGCAAAAUACAGUAUACAACCUUGCUUGUUGUUUCACUUUUCUGUCGUGUAGCAACAUUCUCCUUCUUUGGACUUCUCUUCUAUUAUACGUAUAACAUCAGGAACACAAUGAAAGAUGAGAAGCUUGGUGAGAAAAUGACUCCGACUGAUAAGAAGAUUGAGGAUGCGAUUGAUGAGGCGAUUGUGUGGUUAGAUACGAACCAAUUGGCUGAGGGGGAUGGGAUUAUGUAUAAGAUGAAGGAGCUUUUUCCCAUUUUGAAACUUUUAGGUUAG